UUGUUUCCUGGGCAUAUGAGUAGGACUGCUUGUUAUGUCUAUUGCAUUGAAAGCUAUAAAUCUUGUUCUAUGUUCAAUGCUUUUAAAUGCAAUAGCCAUUGCUAUGCAACAAUGUUGUCCAACUACAUAUGGCUAAUUAAUAUGGAGUUUGUUUGUUUUAUCAUCAGUUGUUUUCCACAUGUCUAUGAUUGAAGGGUGGUCCUGCAACUCAUUUACUACUGCACGAAUCUAUUUCCCUUUGGAAUACAAUCAUAAAAGCACUCUUCUCUAUUGCAUAUCGCUCCAUAAACAUCUGUGGAGGACAAUGCUUAAAUGGAUUUUUAUGGUGGAAGAGACUAAUAUUUGAAUGCCUAUGGCAACAAAGUUGCAUCAUGCAAGCCACAUCUAGAAAGUUGUCUUUUUAGAUUUUUUUUUAUUUGGUUGGGAUUUGAACUUGAAGCCUUACUAUUCGUGGAAACAACUCUUGUGUCAGACAAGAUAUCUGCUGGUUGAUUGGAGAAAGAAAAUGAAUUCAAUGGCUAAAGUUUGUUGGCCAUACUUCGACCCUGAGUACGAGAACUUGAGCACUAGAAUCAAUCCACCAAGGGUAUCAGUUGAUAACACUAGUUGCAGUGACUGUACUCUAAUAAAGGUGGACAGCAUGAACAAACCAGGGAUUCUGCUAGAAGUCGUGCAAAUUCUAACCGAUCUUGACCUCAUCAUCACCAAAGCUUACAUCUCCUCGGAUGGAGGAUGGUUUAUGGACAUAUUUCAUGUCACUGACCAACAAGGAAAGAAGAUUGUCGACAGUAAAACCAUCGACUACAUAGAGAAGGCUUUAGGUCCAAAAGAGUACAACAAAGGUGAAUUGAAGGCUUGGCCUGGCAAACGGGUGGGAGUGCACUCUGUUGGUGAUUACACAGCCAUUGAACUCAUCGGCAGAGAUCGUCCAGGUCUUUUAUCUGAGAUUACUGCUGUCCUUGCCAACCUUCACUUCAAUGUGGUUGGUGCUGAAGUUUGGACGCAUAAUAGACGGAUAGCAUGUGUUGUUUAUGUCAAUGAUGACACUACAUGCCGUGCUGUGGAUGACCCAAACAGAUUAUCGGUUAUGGAGGAGCAGCUUAAGAAUAUUUUACGCGGGCAUGAGGAUGAUGAGAAAGAAGCUCGCACCAGCUUCUCCAUGGGGUUCACCCAUAUUGACCGAAGGCUGCACCAGAUGUUUUUUGCAGAUAGGGAUUAUGAAGGUAGCGGAAUGGCAAGUGAGGUUGAUUAUCCUCCCUCCUUCAAGCCAAAGAUCACAGUUGAGCGUUGCGGAGAAAAGGAGUAUUCGGUGGUUAGUGUUUGGUGCAAAGAUCGAGCAAAAUUGCUGUUUGACAUUGUGUGCACACUCACAGACAUGCAAUAUGUUGUUUUUCAUGCAACAAUAUCGUCUGAUGGCCCCUAUGCCCUGCAAGAGUAUUAUAUCCGUCACAUGGAUGGUUGCACACUUGAUACUGAAGGAGAGAAAGAAAGAGUCAUCAAAUGUCUUGAAGCCGCAAUUCGGAGAAGAGUAUGCGAGGGUCUGAGCUUAGAGCUCUGUGCAAAGGACAGAGUAGGCUUGCUGUCUGAAGUAACAAGAGUUCUGAGAGAGAAUGGAUUAUCAGUUUCAAGAGCCGGUGUAACGACAGUCGGAGAGCAAGCAAUGAAUGUAUUUUAUGUGAGAGAUGCUUCAGGGAACCCAGUGGACAUGAAAACAAUCGAAGCUCUUCGUAAAGAAAUCGGACACACCGUGAUGCUCAAUGUGAAAAGACCUACUGCUAGUGCAAGGGAACCGGAAUCCAAAGGAUGGGCGAAAACAAGCUUCUUCUUUGGGAACUUGUUCGAAAAGUUCUUGGCUUGAGAAACAUGUCCAUAUGAUAAAAUGUAACAGAAACUUUGAACUGUAUAGAACAAUAAAAUAUGGGCAAGGCUUGUAAUUGUAUACCUGUUUGUGUACUUAAGGCAUGAAUAUAGCUUGCAAGCUAAUGAAGUUAGUGCUUUUUGUUUUU